GUGUGGUUCCCCUUUGUUUUCCACGAUUCUUUCCUAUAUCUUCUCUGCAAAUCUUGGCCCCAUCUCACUUCCCCAAUUCAAAAACGGAAUCAUAUGCCCAAAUAACCACCAAGUUUUCUUCAUCUUCAAUGGCGACUAUAUCAAGAAUUGUUGCAAAAGAUUGUAAAUUUCAAUCACGUGAUGCUGUUCUUCAAAGACCCAGAUAUGAUUUGCCCCCAAGAGGGAUUCGAGACCAUGUUUGUUUUAGAAGUGGGGUUGGUUCAUCUGGUGAUGUUAAAAGUUGUUUGGCUAUUCAGAAUAAGCGAUUCUCUCCAGCAAUUAUUCAAUCUUCAGCCUCCAGGAGUUCGAAGAUUCUGUGCCAAGCAGCAACAAAUUUACCAGGAGAUGUGCCUACCAAUGCCAAUACCGCUAGUGGAAUGACAACAUACGAAAGAACAAUUGAAACGUUAACAACCCUUUUUCCUUUAUGGGUUAUUCUAGGUACAAUCAUUGGGAUUUAUAAGCCUUCUGCCGUUACUUGGUUAGAAACAGAUCUUUUCACCGUUGGCUUGGGUUUUCUUAUGCUUUCUAUGGGAUUGACUUUAAAAUUUGAGGACUUCAGACGUUGUUUACGGAAUCCAUGGACUGUAGGUGUCGGGUUUCUUGCUCAGUACUUGAUCAAACCCAUCUUGGGAUUCUUCAUUGCAAUGACUAUGAAAUUAUCUGCUCCACUUGCAACCGGUUUGAUUCUAGUUUCGUGUUGCCCAGGGGGCCAGGCUUCAAAUGUGGCAACCUAUAUAUCUAAAGGAAAUGUAGCUCUCUCUGUUCUCAUGACAACGUGCUCAACUAUCGGGGCUAUUAUAAUGACACCACUUCUCACUAAACUUCUAGCCGGUCAACUUGUUCCGGUUGAUGCAGCAGGCCUUGCCAUCAGCACUUUUCAGGUUGUUCUGGUACCCACGAUCCUCGGAGUGUUGUUGAAUGAAUUCUUCCCCAAAUUCACGUCGAAAAUCAUUACUGUGACUCCAUUGAUCGGAGUUCUCCUUACAACUCUUCUUUGUGCUAGCCCGAUUGGGCAAGUUGCGGAUGUUUUGAAAACACAAGGCUUACAGUUGUUACUUCCGGUGGCUGCCCUCCAUGGGGCAGCGUUCUUUAUCGGUUACGCCAUUUCUAAGUUAUCGUUUGGUGAAUCAACAUCUCGUACCAUCUCCAUAGAAUGCGGGAUGCAGAGCUCCGCCCUCGGGUUUUUGCUUGCUCAAAAGCAUUUCACAAACCCUCUCGUAGCCGUACCUUCUGCUGUAAGCGUCGUUUGCAUGGCGCUCGGUGGGAGUGCUUUAGCUGUGUAUUGGAGGAACCAACCAAUUCCUGUUGAUGAUAAAGAUGAUUUCAAGGAGUAAAAGCUUUUUGUUUUCUUAUUAGUAUUCUUUUUUUCAUAUAGGAAACAGUCGAACCCCGUGCAAUAACGACUUGUACUGUGUGCAAUAAAAGUUGUAUAUUGUUUCGGGUUCGACUGUUUUUUGUUAUGGAAAACAAGCCUCAGUUAGUUUUUUGUUUCGUGUUGUAAGACUGUUGAGUAGGGAUUUUGGUAGUCCAUCUGAUGCUCAUCGUAUCGUAUUUGUAUUAGACUGGUAAGUUAUCGUGAGAAAGCGUUUUUUAC